GAACAUUCUAGUCUCGACGGCGAAGGUGCAAGUCUCAAACCUCAUCGCAGAAAAGGAACCAAUGAAAAACCCCCCAAAAUACCCCUACAAACAGCGCAAUACAACAGUAAACCACUCACUCCACAAUGUAAUUAGUUUAAAAUCCAUACCCCAAUUGCGCCAAUUCUCACACUUCUUACUCCACUCCCUCGCUUCCUAUUUCCCCCAAAUCCGGCACCAGUAUCGGGAAACCAUGGACGCCGGUUAUGGCGGCCGAUUUGAAGCUCAGCGUCUACUCGAAAUCGCCGACAAAUACCUCCUAGCUAGUGAUCUUACGGGAAGCAAGCGCUUCGCGGAGCGAGCUCUCGAGUCUGAUCCUCUUCUCGACGGUGUUGACCAGAUCCUCGCCGUCGUAGAUGUCCUUCUAGCCUCCCAGCGCCGUGUCAACAACCAACACGACUGGUACUCCAUUCUCCAACUCCCUCACCCUUCCUCUUCCGUUUCUGGUUCCGGCGACAAUCGACUUGACAUUAAACGUAGCUACCGGCACCUUACUUUUUUGCUUAGCCCUAAUCGUAACAAGUAUCCCUACGCUGACACCGCUCUACGCAUAGUAUUUGACGCUUACACCUUUCUUUCCGACCCCACUAAAGCAUCCGUUUACGAAUCCCAGCUGCGAUCAAACAGCGCUCCGGCGACUGUUGCUCAGCCGGCGGAUCGUUUGUUCUGGACCUCGUGUCCGUCUUGCUGCCACGUUUUUGAGUACGAUCGUGUUUACAUUAAACGUACGCUUCGGUGCCGGAUUUGUAUGCGGCCUUUUCAUGCUGUUGAGAUGGCAGCUGCGCCCACUAUAGUGCCGGGGACCGACAUGUAUUAUUGUGCGUGGGGGUUUUUUCCAUUAGGGUUCCCUGGUUGUGGCUUUUCUAACUGUAAUGCUGCCGGUGUGCCUCCAUUUGGGGAGGGGUGGAAGCCAUUCUUUCCGGUGAGCCCGAGGUGGGGGAACGAAAAGGAGGGACAUAAGGAGAAGCCUCUGAAUGCGGUGCCUGUUAAUGCUGUUGUGGGACACCCUAAUGCUGAUGCGGAGAAUAGUAGGAGGAUGGGGAGUUUUGUAAGGCCUAAAAAGAGAGGGUUGCCCAUGAGAAAUAAGAAGAUGGUUGCAAAGAAGCGUGUAGGUAAUUAUGAGAGAAAGAUAGAUCUUUUUGGAGAAACUGAUUCCGAGGUUGAAGAGCAGGAGACUGGGGGUGCGACAGGUGGCACAGUGGCUCCUGCUUCAGAGGGGGAGGGUAUUGCUAACUUUGACAUUGACCUGGAGGCUACGGAGGAUCUUCUGAGUAACCUGCAUGAUCUUCCCUUCGUCUAAGAGGAAGAAUUCAAAUCUAAGUUUUGAAGCUUUUGAGAUUAGGUAGGCGUAGGAAGGCAAAGGCAGCAGUUUUGCAUCUUUUGUUUAUUGUAAGGAAGUAGUGAUGUAGCCGAAGUUCUGAACGAAGUGUAUAAAAUGUGAAGUUGGAUGUCCAAAUAUUUC